UGGAGCCCCAGCAACAAAGUCUCACGACUUGAGUCUAUUAUGGGAAGGGCUUUGUGGGAAAAAACAUAUGAAUAAUUCAUGAUGGGAGUGACUGAACAUACUUUAAAUAACCAGGUGAUUUCUGCCACUACGGGACAGUCACACUUUUGUCAGAAACGUUUGAGUUGGUGAGUAUUUCUUUGCACUAGCACAUAAACUGACACAAAAUGGCCUACAAUAGAAACUCUGGUGCCAGGACCUUCAGCAGCCGUUCUUACAGUUCUCCGGGCAGCAGAAUGAGUGUUUCCCGAGUAAACAGUGCCUGCUUCCCAGGCAACAGGACUGGACCGUCUGGAAUCAGUGCUUCGUGGGCUACCCCAGUUUCCUCUGCUGGGAUCCUGCUCUCCAACCCCCCCAACACCGAAAUAGACCCCCGUUUCCACCAGAUUAAAACCCAGGAGAAGGAGGAAAUAAAAGGACUGAACAACAAAUUCGCAGAUUUCAUUAACAAGGUGCGUCACCUGGAGCAGCAGAACAAGGUUCUGGAGACCAGGCUGAAGAUCAUGCUAGAGAAGGGCGACUACAAGUCCAACAUCGACCAAAUCGUGGCCGCGUUUGGCAACAAUCUGAUGAGCCAGAGAGACAGGCUAAGCAAUGACAGGGACAAACUGGAGAAGGAGCUGGCUCGCACUAAGGCACUGGUGGAGGACAACAAAAACAAGUUUGAGGAUGAGAUCAACAGGCGCACUCAGUUAGAGAAUGAGUUUGUGCUCAGCAAGAGGGAUGUAGAUGAGGGCUACCUCCAGAAAGUGGAUCUGGAGAAUACUGUGGAGAGCCUGAUGGAUGAGCUGGACUUCUUGAAGCAGCUCUAUGAUGAGGAAAUCCGCGAGUUGCAAUCUCAGAUUAACAACACAGCAGUUACCGUGGAGAUGGACAACAACCGUGGUCUGGAUAUGAAGCAAAUCGUGGAGGAGGUGAAGAUGCAGUAUGAGGGGAUUGCAGCGCGAGGCCGAGAUGAAGCUGAGCAGUGGUACAAAAACAAGGUGGAUGACAUGGCGGCCGAGGCUGGGAAGUACAACCAGGACUUGAAGGAAGUGAAGAACGAGAUUGCAGAAAUGAUUCGUCUCAUCCAGAGACUCAACUCUGAGGCUGAGGGCUUAAAGAAUCGACGAGCCAAUCUUGAGAUGGCCAUUGGAGAGGCGGAGGAACGGGGACAGCUUGCAGUGUCAGACGCCAAGAACCGUGUGAGUGAGCUGGAGGCAGCCCUGAAGAGUGCUAAGCAAGCCAUGGCCAAGCAGGUGCGCGAAUACCAGGACCUCAUGAACCUCAAGCUCGCCUUGGACAUUGAGAUCGCUACCUACAGGAAGCUCCUGGAAGGGGAGGAGAGCAGACUGGAAACUCACCAGCAAGGAGGGCCGCACCAGGACUCUCAACUCAGUGCCAUUGACCAACUAGAUUUCUAAACCCCCUGUGUGCCCUGCUUGCAUAGAUGGCCUGGUGCAGUCCCGAAGCCUGGACCUCUCUAGAGCAGCACCCCCUAAGAAAGCUGUGCUCAUUAAAACCAUCGAGACCAAAAACGGUCAGAUGAUCUUGGAGUCCUCCCACUUCUCUGAGGACUGAGGAUCCUGACAUGGGCUCACUCAUACGGGGUCCCUGAGACAGCGUACUGUGACAAGCAGCAUUUAUCUUACUAUCAUACUAGCGGACUGCUUCAUUUUUAAAUAUGUGUUUAUGAGAAAAAUCUCAGGUGGUGGUUUUUUUAUUAUUAUUUUUUAAAUUAUUUUUAAGGCUAGCAUAGCACUUUGAGUCAUAUGUUAUAUUUGAGCUUAGCCAGUCCACACAUAACUUGUGUUAUUGACUUUCUAAUUUCAUUAUUAAAAAAAAUAAGUAAAUAAAAUGGCUGAAGGUGCUAUUCAGUCGGACUUACACUCUGUGUAACACUCUUGUUUAAUGCUCUCUAUAGACUAAUAAUGCAAAGAUAUAAUCUACACUGUAGAAAUGUGAUAAACUUGAAUAAAUAAGCCGAUUUCAUGCUCUGCCUCGUCUGUACUAUUGUCUAUGUUGUCUGCCUUGCUCUGUAAAUGUACGAGCAGAAUUGGGUACUAGAGGUCUUUGAUUCCACUUGAUUUGGGAGGUAAUGACCAUGAGUGUUUUAAUAUUGAUUUAUUUAAAAUAAUUUUCAAGCAUAACAUAAUUGAGACAGUGAAUUUUACUUUUUAGAUACAGCGUACGACAGACAAUGGAAAGGCAAUAGGUAUUUCAAAAUCUAUAUUUUACCAGACAUCUUGUAAGAUUUCUCUUUGAAAAAAUAGAGAAAUAAAGAAUUGUAUAAUUCUGAACCCAUAACAUUCAUUGUAUAUUUUGUAAGGGUUAAAUAAAGACCUAUCUCUAUGUGUUUUGGGCUUGAAUGCAAAAAAAUAUUUAAAUAUUUAAAUAAAAGGUACAGGCUUAAAAUACAUUUGAUGACAAAACUGAUGAAAACCCUGUAGGAGAAGCCACAGUUGGAUAUAUUUGAUAGUAUCAACCACUUAUUUUUAGGAUAACCACAUUUAAAUGGUUGAUGCAAUCCCUGUUCAUUUCCCGCUGAAAUUAAAAA